ACCAGCCCCACAGGUAAGUAGAGAGCUUUAAAAGCUGCUGAUCUCCGUCGUCUUCCUCACUCUGGAGGAGGUUUUCAUCAUGGCUGCUGGUCAGAAAUGGCUGCUGUGGUUGAUCACGCUGUGGCCUCUUCUACUCUCCUCUGGAGCUCUUCCUGCUCACUGGCUGCCAGGAGAAUAUGAAAACAGCAGCUCUGAUGCUCUGAGGUUCCUCAGCGAUUACAACAGCACAGCUGAGGAGGUUUUCUCCUUCGCCGUGUUUGCCAGCUGGAACUUUGACACCAACCUGACGGACUACAACUCCAGACUUCAGGUGGAGGCUUUUCUUGAAUUUGAUGAUUUCUCUGAAGCUUGGGGGCUAAAAGCCAAGACGGUCUUCAGCGAUGAGUUGAUCGACUCUCUCCCUGACCGAAAAGACAGAGUCAUGAUCCGAGGAAUCAAGAUUCUGGGUUCUGCCAACCUGAAAAAGAAUGAAAGAGAGGAGCUGAACGUCAUUCUGAGCAACAUGAGCCGCAUUUAUUCUACUGCUAAGAUUUCCCCGAUGCCCAAUGUUAGCUGGACCAUUGACUUUGGGCUCUCAGAAACGAUGGCCAAAUCCAGGAACUACAACAAACUGCUGUUCGUCUGGGAGGCCUGGCACAACGCAGCAGGAGCUCCUCAGAAGAAACUCUACUCCAGGUUUGUGGAGCUCAGCAACAAAGCCGCCAGAGCUGAUGGAUAUGCAGACACCGGAGCUGUUUGGAGAUCCUGGUAUGAGAGUGAAACCUUUGAGCAGGACAUGGAUGAUCUCUAUAAAACCAUCCAGCCGCUCUAUCUGCACCUUCACGCCUUUGUGCGCCGCAAGCUCUACGACCAAUAUGGUUCCAAGUACAUCAACCUGAAGGGACCAAUCCCUGCUCACCUGUUGGGAAACAUGUGGGCUCAGCAGUGGAACAGCAUUUACGAUCUGAUGAUCCCAUUUCCUGGUAAAGUCGACGUGGACGUGACUGACGAAAUGGUCAGACAGGGCUACAAUGCCACACACAUGUUCCGAAUGGCAGAGGAGUUCUUCACUUCCCUGGGAUUACUGGAGAUGCCAAUGGAGUUCUGGGAAGGAUCCAUGAUAGUCAAGCCUGACGAUCGAGACGUUGUGUGUCACGCAUCGGCCUGGGACUUCUACAACCGCAAAGACUUCAGGAUCAAGCAGUGCACUAGAGUCACAAUGGACGACCUCUUCACCGUACACCACGAGAUGGGGCACAUCCAGUACUUUCUGCAGUACAAGGACCAGCCGGUUGGUUUUCGCGGUGGUGCUAACCCAGGUUUUCAUGAAGCCAUCGGGGAUGUCAUGUCCCUUUCUGUUUCAACACUGAAGCAUCUUCACACGGUUAACCUGCUGAAGUCUGCAGAGUCUGAUCCAGAAACGGACAUCAACUUCCUGUUAAAUAUGGCCCUACAGAAAAUAGCUUUCCUGCCUUUUGGUUAUCUCAUGGAUCUCUGGAGAUGGGGAGUGUUUAGUGAGAAAACCCCUCCAGAGAGGUACAACGCUGACUGGUGGUACCUCAGAACCAAAUAUCAGGGAAUCUGUCCGCCCAUCAGACGGACGGAGGACGACUUUGAUCCUGGGGCCAAAUUCCACAUCCCCAACAAUACUCCAUACAUCAGGUAUUUUGUCAGCUUCAUCCUCCAGUUUCAACUCCAUGAGAAGUUGUGUGAAGCAGCCAAUCACACGGGUCCUCUGCACACAUGUGACAUCUACCGCUCUAAAGAAGCAGGAGCCCUUCUGAAGAAAAUCCUUGAACCUGGUUCUUCCAGACCUUGGACUGAACUCCUCCAAGAGACGAUCGGCACCGAUAAGAUCGACGCCAGUUCGCUCAUGAAAUACUUCGACCCUGUUAUUAGAUGGCUGGAAAAGCAGAAUGUGAACGAGACGUUGGGGUGGCCGGACUUCAUGUGGCUCCCACCUGUACCUGAAGACUACCCAGAAAACAUAGUUUUCAUCAUGGCUGCUGGUCAGAAAUGGCUGCCGUGGUUGAUCACGCUGUGGCCUCUUUUACUCUCCUCUGGAGCUCUUCCUGCUCACUGGCUGCCAGGAGAAUAUGAAAACAGCAGCUCUGAUGCUCUGAGGUUCCUCAGCGACUACAACAGCACAGCUGAGGAGGUUUUCUCCUUCGCUGCAUCUGCCAGCUGGAACUACAACACCAACCUGACGGACUACAACUCCAGACUUCAGGUGGAGGCUUUACUUGAAUUUGAUGAUUUCUCUGAAGCUUGGGGGGUAAAAGCCAAGACGGUCUUCACUGAGGAGUUAAUCGACUCUCUUCCUGACCCCAAAGACAAAGUCUUGAUCAAAAACAUCAAGAUUCUGGGUUCUGCCAACCUGCAACAGAACGAAAGAGAGGAGUACACCACCAUUCUGAGCAACAUGAGCCGCAUCUAUUCCACUGUUAAGAUUUCCUCACCACCAAAUGUCAGCUGGAGCCUGGACUUUGGGCUCUCAGAAACGAUGGCCAAAUCCAGAAACUACAACAAACUGCUGUUCGUCUGGGAGGCUUGGCACAACGCGGCAGGACCUCCUCAGAAGGAACUCUACUCCAGGUUUGUGGAGCUCAGCAACAAAGCCUUCAGAGCUGAUGGAUUUGCCGACACCGGAGACAUGGAUGAUCUCUAUAAAACCAUCCAGCCGCUCUACCUGCACCUUCACGCCUUUGUGCGCCGCAAGCUCUACGACCAAUAUGGUUCCAAGUACAUCAACCUGAAGGGGCCAAUCCCUGCUCACCUGUUGGGUAAGAUGGAUAUUAGUACAUGGAACAACAUUUACGAUCUGAUGAUCCCAUUUCCUGGCAAAGUCAAUGUGGACGUGACUGAUGAAAUGGUCAGACAGGGCUACAAUGCCACACACAUGUUCCGAGUGGCAGAGGAGUUCUUUACCUCCUUGGGAUUAAUUGAGAUGCCAAAGGAAUUCUGGGAAGGAUCUAUGAUAGUCAAACCUGACGAUAGAGACGUUGUUUGCCAUGCAGCAGCGUGGGACUUCUACAACCGCAAAGACUUCAGGAUAAGGCAGUGCACUAAAGUCACAAUGGACGACUUCUUCACUGUACACCAUGAGAUGGGGCACAUCCAGUACUUUCUGCAGUACAAGAACCAGCCGGUUAGUUUUCGCGGUGGUGCUAACCCAGGUUUUCAUGAAGCCAUCGGGGAUGUUAUUUUCCUUUCUGUUUCAACACCGAAGCAUCUUCACACGAUUAACCUGCUGAAGUCUGAAACAUCUGAUCCAGAAACGGACAUCAACUUCCUGUUAAAUAUGGCCCUACAGAAAAUAGCCUUGCUUCCUUUUGGCUAUCUCAUUGAUCUCUGGAGAUGGGGAGUAUUUAGAGAGAAAACUCCUCCAGAGAGGUACACCGCUGACUGGUGGUACCUCAGAACCAAAUACCAAGGAAUCUGUCCGCCCAUCAGACGGACAGAAGAGCAGUUUGAUCCUGGGGCCAAAUUCCACAUUCCCAACAACACCCCAUACAUCAGGUAUUUUGUCAGCUAUAUCCUCCAGUUUCAACUCCAUGAGAAGUUGUGUGAAGCAGCCAAUCACACGGGUCCUCUGCACACAUGUGACAUCUACCGCUCUAAAGAAGCAGGAGCCCUUCUGAAGAAAAUCCUUGAACCUGGUUCUUCCAGACCUUGGACUGAACUCCUCCAAGAGACGAUCGGCACCAAUAAGAUCGACGCCAGUUCACUCAUGAAAUACUUCGACCCGGUUAUUAGAUGGCUGGAAAAGCAGAAUAAAGGGAUCCGUGCUGCAGAGGCUAACUCAUUCACACACCUGCUAGCUAUGGCUGCUGCUGCCUGGUGGAUGCUCCUGCUGCCAGUUCUGAGGCUCUCUGGAGCUCUUCCUGCUCACUGGCUGCCAGGAGAAUAUGCAAACAGCAGCUCUGACGCUCUGAGGUUCCUCAGUGACUACAACAGCACAGCUGAGGAGGUUUUCUCCUUCGCUGUGUCUGCUAGCUGGAACUUCAACACCAACUUAACAGACCACAACUCCAAACUUCAGGUGAAUGCCUCCCUUGAACUCGAGGCCUUCUCUGAAGCCUGGGGGUUAAAAGCAAAGACGGUUUUCACUCCUAAGAUCAUUGAUUCUCUGCCUGAUCCUAAAGACCAAAUGCUGAUCAGGGGGAUCAUGAUGCUGGGAUUCGCUAAUCUUCCAGAGGAUGAAAGAGAGGAGGUUAACACCAUUCUCAGCACCAUGAGUCGCAUUUACGCCACAGCUAAAGUUCAUCCACAGAUUAAUGUGAGCUGGAGUCUGGACCGCGAGCUCAAAGAGAUCAUGGCCAAAUCCAGGAGUUACCAGAAGCUGCUGUUCGUCUGGGAGGCCUGGCGCAACCAGUCUGGAGUUCCUCUGAAGCAGCUCUACAGCAGGUUUGUGGAGCUCAGCAACAAAGCCUCCAGAGCUGAUGGAUUUGCAGACACUGGAGAUGACUGGAGAUCCUGGUAUGAGAGUGAAACCUUUCAACAGGACAUGGACAAACUCUAUAAAACCAUCCAGCCGCUGUACCUGCACCUGCACGCCUUUGUGCGCCGCAAGCUCUACGACCAAUAUGGUUCCAAGUACAUCAACCUGAAGGGACCAAUCCCUGCUCACCUGUUGGGAAGCAUGUUUGCUCAGAAGUGGAGCAACAUUUAUGAUCUGAUGAUGCCAUUCCCCAACAAACCAAACCUGGAUGUGACUGACGAAAUGGUCAGACAAGGCUACAAUGCCACACACAUGUUUCGAGUGGCAGAGGAGUUCUUCACCUCCUUGGGGUUAAUGGAGAUGCCAAAGGAAUUCUGGGAAGGAUCCAUGAUAGUCAAGCCUGACGAUCGAGACGUUGUAUGUCACGCAUCGGCUUGGGACUUCUACAACCGCAAAGACUUCAGGAUUAAGCAGUGCACCAAAGUCACAACAGAAGACUUCUUCACUGUACACCAUGAGAUGGGGCACAUCCAGUACUUUCUGCAGUACAAGAACCAGCCGGUUGGAUUUCGUGGUGGUGCUAACCCAGGUUUUCAUGAAGCCAUCGGAGAUGUUAUCUUCCUUUCUGUUUCAACACCGAAGCAUCUUCAAACGAUUAACCUGCUGGAAUCAGGAAAUGCAGAUGAAGAAACCGACCUGAAUCAUUUGUUGAAGAUGGCACUGGACAAAAUAGCUUUCCUCCCCUCUGGGUACCUCAUUGAUCUCUGGAGAUGGGAGGUGUUUGGUGGAAGUACCCCUCCAGAGAGGUACAAUGCUGACUGGUGGUACCUCAGAACCAAAUAUCAGGGAAUCUGUCCGCCCAUCAGACGGACAGAGGACGACUUUGACCCUGGGGCCAAAUUCCACAUCCCCAACAACACCCCAUACAUCAGGUAUUUUGUCAGCUUCAUCCUCCAGUUUCAACUCCAUGAGAAGUUGUGUGAAGCAGCCAAUCACACGGGUCCUCUGCACACAUGUGACAUCUACCGCUCUAAAGAAGCAGGAGCCAUUCUGAAGAAACUCCUUGAAUCUGGCUCUUCCAGACCUUGGCCUGAACUUCUCCAGGAGGCUACGGGCACCAAUCAGAUCGACGCCAGCUCACUCAUGAGAUACUUUGAGCCUUUGAUGAAGUGGUUGGAGAAACAAAAUGUGAACGAGACGUUGGGAUGGCCGGACUUCAUGUGGGUCCCACCCGUCCCUGAAGGAUACCCCGAAGACAUUGAUGGGGUAUAACUAAGAAGCACAUAGAAUGAUCUGCCUUUAUCUGUGAGUUCUGACAGAUCACUUUUAAAAACAGAUUUUUGUACUCUUUCCUCCAGUCAGCAGAUUUAGUGAGUCGGAUCAUGAAUUGUUUUAUUGCUCUUGUUGUUUUAUUGUUAUUGAUUUGGUUUGAUUGUUUUUUGUAUUAUAUUGUUUAGUGAUUUAUUUAUAUUUGACUUCAUGUUCAGUCCUGUGGUUGACUCUGCUUUAAUUUGUUCUCUACAAAUAAUAAUUUGAUUGAUUGGUUGGUUUAUGAAUUGAUCGAUUGAUUCUUCAUAUACUUUUUCUACUGGAUCAAUAACCAAUCAUGUUUCAUGUUUAUGCUCCAGGUAACAGCAGUAGUAAGUAGGAAAAAGAAUGACGGCUCACUAAGUAAACCUAUAUUAUAACAAGAAAAAAAAAAUGUGUCCUGUGUUGCUUAGGAAUACAUUUGUGUCACUUCAAUGCUCCUAUUUGGGACAGGAAGUCUUUUAUUUUG